AUGUCGUCCGGUGGCAAGUCUGGUGGAAAGUCUGGCGGCGAGACCAAGUCGUCGACACGUUCGGCCAAGGCCGGCCUUCAGUUCCCUGUUGGUCGUAUCCACCGUCUCCUCAAGCGCGGCAACUACGCCCAGCGUAUCGGUUCCGGCGCCCCAGUGUACCUCGCUGCCGUUCUUGAGUACCUCGCUGCCGAGAUCCUCGAGCUCGCCGGUAACGCCGCCCGUGACAACAAGAAGUCUCGUAUCGUCCCCCGUCACCUGCAGCUCGCGGUCCGCAACGACGAGGAGCUCAACAAGCUCCUCGGCUCGGUCGUCAUCUCGCAGGGUGGUGUCCUCCCCAACAUCCUUACCGAGCUCCUUCCCCAGAAGACGGGCAAGGGCAAGAAGGCUGGCAACGCCUCGCAGGACGUCUAA